GGUGCCACUAUUGGCCCUUUCCCCCCAACCCCCUCCAAGGAAAAGUUAGGCCCAGUGUUGGGUCCUGCCCCGCCACCUUCCAGAUCUUCUAGGUCCCGUUCCCAGGACUCAGCCUCUACCGAGGCCAACUUCAGGUCCUCCACUAUCCCAGGAUUCCCGACGCUCGGUUUCCUGCCCUUCUCCCCUCCCAGCUCCCGGCGCCUGCGGGAGCGGCAAGAUGGCGGACGGGGACGGCUGGGGUGAAGCCGCGACUGCUGCGGCAUUUCCUCCUGCAUCUGCUCCCGGCCUGAGCCCGCCGCUGGGCUGGAGGGAGCGGCUGCGGGCCGGGCUGGCGGGGACAGGGGCCUCGUUGUGGUUCGUGGCGGGGCUGGGGCUGCUAUACGCUCUGAGGGUACCCCUGAGGCUGUGUGAGAACUUGGCAGCGGUGACAGGAUUUUUAAAUUCAUUGACACCCAAAUUCUAUGUGGCACUUACAGGGACAUCUUCUUUGAUAUCAGGACUAAUAUUUAUUUUUGAAUGGUGGUACUUCCAUAAGCAUGGCACAUCUUUUAUUGAGCAAGUAUCUAUAAGCCAUUUGCGACCACUGAUGGGAGGAACAGAAAGCAGCAUUUCAGAGUCAGGUCCUUCUUCAAGCAACAGCCAAAGUGAAACAAGCAGACAGAAUUUAUCGGAAUGCAAGGUAUGGAGAAACCCUUUAAACCUUUUCAGAGGAGCAGAAUAUAGAAGAUACACUUGGGUGACUGGAAAAGAGCCACUUACGUACUAUGACAUGAACUUGUCAGCACAGGACCAUCAGACCUUUUUCACCUGUGACUCAGACUUUUUACGUCCUUCAGACACAGUUAUGCAGAAGGCAUGGAGGGAAAGAAAUCCUCCAGCUCGAAUCAAAGCAGCCUAUCAAGCUUUAGAAUUAAACAAUGACUGUGCUACUGCAUAUGUUCUACUGGCCGAGGAAGAAGCAACCACUAUUGUAGAUGCUGAAAGGUUAUUUAAACAGGCACUCAAGGCAGGAGAAACAAUUUAUAGGCGAUCACAGCAGUGCCAGCACCAGAGUCCUCAGCAUGAAGCUCAACUGAGGAGAGAUACCAAUGUGCUAGUAUAUAUUAAAAGAAGAUUGGCAAUGUGUGCAAGAAAAUUAGGAAGAAUAAGAGAAGCAGUGAAAAUAAUGAGAGAUUUGAUGAAAGAAUUUCCUCCUCUUACCAUGUUGAACAUCCAUGAAAAUCUCUUAGAAUCACUUUUAGAAUUACAGGCCUAUGCAGAUGUUCAGGCAGUCCUAGCAAAAUAUGAUGAUAUAAGCCUUCCAAAGUCAGCAGCAAUCUGUUAUACAGCAGCACUGUUGAAAACAAGGACUGUUUCAGAUAAAUUCUCUCCAGAAACAGCCUCCAGAAGAGGAUUAAGCACAGCAGAAAUUAAUGCUGUGGAAGCAAUUCAUAGAGCUGUGGAAUUUAAUCCUCAUGUUCCAAAAUAUUUACUAGAGAUGAAAAGUUUAAUUUUACCUCCAGAACACAUUUUGAAGCGAGGUGAUAGUGAAGCAAUUGCCUAUGCUUUCUUUCAUCUUCAGCACUGGAAACGAAUAGAAGGUGCUCUUAAUCUGUUGCAAUGUACAUGGGAAGGCACUUUUAGAAUGAUUCCAUACCCAUUAGAGAAAGGACAUCUAUUUUACCCUUAUCCUAGCUGCACAGAGACUGCUGAUAGAGAGCUCUUACCUACCUUUCAUCAUGUUUCUGUUUAUCCAAAGAAGGAGCUUCCUUUUUUCAUCCAUUUUACAGCAGGACUGUGUUCUUCUACAGCAAUGAUAGCCCUUCUCACUCACCAAUUUCCUGAAAUCAUGGGUGUUUUUGCUAAAGCUGAAUGUUUCAAGCCAGAUGUAAGAUAUAGGCCGCCCGCUCUCCCAUCCAGAACCCCCCUCCUUGCCUUCCUCAACACAUCAGAGAUAAAAAAGAUCCAAAAGAGAAUUUUCUUCUACAGGAAAACAGGGGUGGGGGUGGGGAUGGAGAGCAACGCAUCUUGAAAUGAUAGGAAUCUGCAGCCCAAGCUGGCCGGCCCCUCAGCCAGCUACCCUCUCCCCUUCCAGCCAAGAUUCCAAGUCAAGAGGAGAAAAGCCACAGGGUGCAAGAGGAGAAGAGACCACAGUGUAUGUGGGGGUGGGGGUGAGGUGGCCUGUUAGUUGCAAGGGAGGAGGAGCACAGUAAGAAAAGUAAGGGGGGGCACAGCAUGGUAGAGGCACUAACCCAGUCCAAGAAGUCAGUUUGAUGGGGGUGCAGGGGGGGGGGCAGGUGGCCGGUAGGUGAAGAGGAAAGAUGAGAGGAUAGAAUCUUCUCAGUCCAACUCUUUCCCCUUGCCCUGCCCCUCCCCAAGGUGUGUGGUGGGGGCGGGGGCCUGCAGCUCUUUUUUUUGUGAAGGGUAUAAGUGCCAUCCAGUGCUUGGAAGCACGUGGAGAUGGGUCAGUUCUGCAAAAACAGACAUACAGUGGAUUCCCCCCCCCCCCGCAACAUACAGGGGAUCUCUAACACCAGACCUCACACAUGCUAGGCAAGCACCCUCUACCUCUGAAUCUGAACUACAUCGUCAGCCCUUUUUAUUUUGAGACACUAAAAAUUGCUCAUGCUUGGACCUGCGAUUCUCCUGCCUCAGCCUCCUGAUUGGCUGGGAUUACAGGCUUGCGCUACCACAAUGGCCAUCCAAUGGAUUUUUAAUGCCUCUUGCCUCUCUGACCUCUUGUGAAGGUCUGGAGUCCAGGCCUGCGACAGAUCUGAGGAGAGAGGGUAUCUCAGAACUUUGGGAUUCCAGAAGCCUCUGGGAGAUAAGGUCCUCUGGAUAAGGAAAAAAAAAAAAAAAAACAAACGAAGGAAGACAAAGUUCCAAGUGAUCUCCUCAAAGCCAAGGUUUAAGACAAAUGCCCAGAUUAUGCAAA